AUGGACACUACCACCUUCCGCAAUGUCAUUAACAAUGAGUUGACCACGACAGCUGAAAUCCGCCACGGGAUCAACCCUGCGACCGCUCAGCCCAAUCCCCCUGUGCCGGUCGCAACCCGCGAGGACCUGGACCGUGCUGUCGACGCCGCCCAGCAGGCCUUUAAGAAAUGGUCCAAGACUACAUUCGAGCAGCGCCGUGCUGCUCUCCAUGCCUACGCGGACGCCAUUGAGGAGAACAAGGAUGCCUUGGCCGCUAUUCUGACCAUGGAGCAGGGCAAGCCUCUCACCCAGUCGAGCAUGGAGAUUGGCUUUGGCAUCCAGUGGGUGCGGGAGAUCCCCAACCUUAAGAUCCCCGAGAACGUCAUCGAGGAUACCGAAGAGCGACGAGUUGUCCAGCGACACACCCCCAUCGGCGUGGCCUGUGCUAUUGUGCCAUGGAACUUCCCCGUACUGCUGGCAUUGGGCAAGAUCGCGCCCGCUGUGUACACCGGAAACACUGUUAUUGUCAAGCCUUCGCCUUUCACUCCUUACUGUGACUUGAAACUGGCAGAGCUGGCCACCAAGUUUUUCCCUGCUGGUGUUGUGCAGGCUCUGAGUGGUGAUGACUCCCUUGGGCCGUGGUGUACUGAGCACCCCGGUAUUGGCAAGAUCAGCUUCACUGGAUCGUCUCAGACAGGACAGCGGGUGAUGGCUAGCUGCGCAAAGACCAUCAAGCGAGUGACCCUGGAGCUGGGGGGCAAUGACCCGUGUAUCAUUUGCGAUGAUGUCGACCUGGACGCUGUGGUGCCAAAGAUCGGCAUCUUCUCCUUCCUCUGCACCAGCCAGAUCUGCAUGAUGAUCAAGCGCCUCUAUGUCCACGAACGCAUUUACGACGAAUUCCGUACCAAGCUCGCCGAUUUCGUCAAGUCCCUUCCUGUGGGCGACGGCACCAAGCCCGAGACCUUCUUCGGGCCCGUCCAGAACGCCAUGCAAUUUGAAAAGGUCAAGGACCUCUUCGCCGAUACCAUCAAAUCAGGCUACAAGACCGCUCUGGGUGGUGAUAUUCCCUCUGCCUCUCCAGGCUACUUUGUCCAGCCGACGAUUGUCGACAACCCGCCUGAGGACUCGCGGAUCGUGCAGGAGGAACCAUUCGGUCCUAUUCUGCCCAUGAUGAAGUGGUCGGAUGAGGACGACGUGAUUGCGCGCGCGAACGGCACAGACUCGGCUCUUGGUGCGUCCGUCUGGACCAAGGAUAUGGACCGGGCCACUCGUAUGGCGGACCAGUUGGUUGCGGGAAGUGUGUGGGUGAACUCGCACUUUGACAUCUCGCCCAAUGCGCCGUUUGGCGGACACAAAGGAAGUGGACUUGGGACGGAAUGGGGUAUUAAUGGGCUCCUGGGGUACUGUAACUCACAGACCUUGUGGUUGAAAAAGAGUCCUUAA